AUGGAAAGAAGAGCAAACGACGAUGAAUGCGAACAGCAGGCGACCAAAAGGAAGACAGACAAGACAAGCGAAGUUGUGAGGUGUGGACUUGAGUUUUAUGACCAGCCGUGCGAGGAUCUGGCUCGAGCAAUGCUGGGGUGUGUGCUGGUGUGCAGAGGUGAGGCUGGGGAGGAGUGCCGUGGGGAGGUUGGGGAGGUGGAGGCCUAUCUGGGAGGAGAAACAGAGCAGCUCACUCAUUCGGUGGGCGUCGCACAGCAGCCAACGAGGCAAUGUUCAUGGCACAACAAGGUUGACAUGACAACAUCCCAAGUAAUCUGGUUGGAGAUGGGCAGUCCCUGUCCUCCUGAGCUCGUUGGGAAAUCUCCAAGGAUUGGCAUUGCAUCAGCAGGUCCAGAGUGGGCCACCACUCUACUGAGGUUCUACCAGGUGGACUCGCCAUACAUUAGCAAGAACUACGCAAAACACAGUUAG